AUACACACACAUCCAUUCCACCGAGCGUGUGCCUGCGAUACAAACAACUGUGUGUGCGAUUGCUAUCGAGCCAAAAAGAAGUGGAAGAAGAAGCCCUGUCACACACUUUUCUACGCUCAACAAACGUUUUUGUGUCUCUUUGGCGUGUACAUACUUUGACUGUUUUGUAUUAAAAAAAAUGGCACUGGUUCGCGAUAGUGCGUGAACUUUUCGUCCUCUCCAAAGGUUUGCCCUCCUAAAACGGAACGAUUCCGCAGUGUGUUUGUCGUCAGCGAAGGGAGGGGAACAUCUUUGCGGUUCGUUCGUUUGUGUGGUGCCGUUCGAUAUAUCGUUGCAGUGUUUUGAGAAGGGUGGACCUGCUGCCUACUGUGUGUGUGUGCGUGUGUAAGUGUAUGUUUUUUUGUUGUUUGCCUUUUCAUCGCAUUGGAAAAUACUCAGCUCAAAGGUCGAAAAUCUGUGCUUCCGCAGCAUUGUUGCACCACUGUAAUUGUGAUUCAACGAAAUACUGUGUCCUGCGUGGUGCACGGAGCAGCCGUGUACUUUAUUACCGAAAGGGCCGUAAACGACGAGACGGUAAACGAAGGAAAAGUGAAAAACAGUUGGGGCGGAAUGGAUCGAUUGGAAAGUGAAAAAGUUUAAUGAAGCCGCAGUAGGAUUUGGCAUCAUAGCAAAGAAAGAACGGCAGCAACAACAGCAACAAUAACUAUUGCAACAACUUCCUCCGAGCGGGUGAGGGCCCGUUGCUCCAAAGUAGGCCGAAGUAAUUGGUGUACAGUGGAAUAAAAAGUUUACCGCCCCCUAGUACCUUCGCCGAAACAAAACUACCAACUCUGCGACCAACUCCAGCACCGCCUAAACUGCGCGUACAAUCUUCAAGUGGCCGUAAAAGCGAUGCAUGAACAUUGUUUUUAAGUUUUCAGUUCCCAGUACCGCGACAGAGCAGCAGCACCACCCCGAACACCGAAACAGCAAAAUUAGUCCACGGCUGAAACCGAGCGAUUCCUGUGUCCAGAGCGUCGAUAGCAUCAACCAAACAGGGCAUUAGUCAUCUGGUGUACGAUAAAUGGAGAAUCCAGCGGAUGAGGACAGUGGGAGGAACUGUAGCGGGAAAACAUACUGAUACAAAGAACCACACAAUGGUGCACAGUGGUGCGAUAGUACCGCACUAUCUGCUGCGACCAUCAUCUUCUGCCGCUGUCGCCGCUGCUGCACGCGUUGCCACCGUACUGCUGGACCAUCAGAGCAGCAGCAGUCCGUCGAUAACAACAUCCGCUAGGCUACUACAGUCUGUAAAACCGUGCGUGCAUUUGCCGUCAACCGUACCGCCGCAGCCUUCUGAGCGAGCGCUGGUUGCUGCGUCCCGAUUGCUAUCGUCAUCGUGUUUGUCGCCCAACGUGUGGCUGUCGCAGCCAAAGUCUAUGUCAAUUUUAAUCAUCCUGAAAGGAGGACAGUCGACACAGCGAUACAGCAGAGAAGAAGCCACCCGGAAGAAGGGUAGACUCAUUUACGAAGCCCACAGUCCCUAUCGAUCAGCAGCACCAGUGCGAAAGGUACCGUCAACGUCGAAGAUCGAUCGUAGGCAGCAGAACUAUUGGUGCACCAGGCUAUUGGAAGGCCCGAAUGAGGUAGUAAAGCGCACCGCUGUCUCGUUGUACUAGAAUUGCUGAGUCACAGUCCCCUUAGUGACGACAUCGCGGCGUUAGUCGUGUGUUAUUCACUUAUAACAGCAGCAAGUGUGUUCCGUGUGUGAUUUGCAACCAUCAACAGGGAACCGGCGUAGCAUCUUGUAUCGUCUUAGUCCCUCCCAUCUCAUUCCUAUCGUUUUAUAAACACUCCUUGAUGUGUAUAUCAUAAUUUUAGGGCAGAAAUAGGAUUUAGAAAAGUAAACGCACCAGUACGUAUAGAGUGCGAACAAAAGGGUCGAAGGGCAUUUCUGUGGCAGAAGACACUAUUUGUCCUACUCGAGACGAAGCAAGCGACUACCGGCGACUCGUUUGAGAUUUGAGAGCCACUCGCAUCAUCCCGGUUGGAAGCAAUCAGAGGGUGACCGAUUUCAACGACCGCUUCUGAAAGCGCACUAGCGAUGAUGUACUAUGGCAAGGACAGCAGUGGCGGUGGUAUCUCGGAGCUGGACACGAUAGCGAAUGUGAUCGGUCUGAAGGGUGUCGGUACGUCGUCGCUGCGCACGUUCGUCGAGAUGUGGUACCACAUCUUUCUGUGGGCCCUCUUCUCGUCCAUCUUCGUGCACACGUGCGCGGCGGUCAUCGCGUUCGUGACGCUGCGCAAGCACAAGUUCGGGCGCUUCUUUUCCAUCUUCAUCUUCGUGAUGGGCGUCCUGUCGCCGGCGACCGGUGGCGUCGUCAACAGUACCGUCAUUGCCUUUGUACACCGAGCCUCCAACUUUCAGAUGUCGCCGAUCGCGGCCAUGAUCUGGGGCGUCGGGCAGACCAUCGUGUCCGCCUGCUUCGGGUUUACGCGCAUCCUGGCCACACUGUAAGGGACCGACCGCCAUCAACCUGCUGGCCAACCUGCCUAUCCAUUUGUCUCCCCCCUUUAUUCUCCCCUUCCCUUCCCCCAUUUUUUCUUUCCUCCAUCCGGGGUCGGGGAUUACCCUUUCAACAAACUACUCAUCCACUGCUACACCUGUCCUGUACACACUUACACAUUUGUGUAAUGACCCGGGCGGAGGGUGGGUUCAUCCUCGUUGGAAGACUGGUAUUUUGCUGCAAGCCAUGUUGGUAUGAAUGUGAUAUUGAACGCGUUUUGGGAGGGGAAAAUUCGCGAUAAAAAGGAAAGGCACGAAUACGUUGGCUUUUUUUCAUUUUGUUAUUCCUACUCCGUCAGUUGGUUAGAGUACCGGCGGUGGUGGCGGUGGAAAUCAAAAUUUCUCUAAGGUAUAAGAGGGGCACCAAUGAUUUUUUGAAACGUAGCUGUAGCCUGUAAACAGUAAUAUGCAUAACACAUAGGCGGUAGGGAAGAAAUAAUGGGAAAAAGCAAACUUAACCUCCCCACUGAUAGUAAAGACAGAAACGAAACACAUCACAACACAUCAAAUCACAUCACGCCAAAGGGAAAACGCAAAGGCGCGUGCAAUCAACCCAUUUGUUGACCGCGCUGAGCUUAGGAAAAUUGAAAAUGGAACAGAACGUGAGGACGAUACAAAACAAAAGCGCAACAUACGUCACUGUUGCCCCGGCAGCCGUUCAUGACACGUGAGACCAGGAGCGGAAGCUUCUUUGCGGAAAGCAGGAGUUUCAUUUCGUUUCUUGUGUCUGAGUUUGUGUUCUCUUCAUAGCAUUAGGUGAAAUUCUAAAACAGCUAAUUCAAGCAUAAUGCAACACACCGAUUGCAUAUGGAAGGAGAUCCACUACCAAUUAGGCAAUAGUUUAACGGAAGUAGAGUCGUCCCCGUUAGUUGUACAGAAGAAUGGCGUAAGCUAAUAAAUCAAUGAAAAGGAGGCGUUUAGCCACAUGAACCACUCACGCGCUCCGCCGUAGUUAGUUCAGCGGCCGUAGUUAAGUUGAACGUUUCGCGGAUAAUUCCACGCGUAUUCCAAACGGUCGCUUAGUGCGUCGCGUAACAACAUGUGAUUUUCAUCCGAUGGCACGAUCGGGGUGGGGGGCAAACAAAGAUAAGCCGCGAACAAACCGUUUUCAAAACGCCCAAACCGUGCGUGUGUGUGUGGAGGAAGGCAUUGGGGACGAAACACCGACAAAUAAGGGAGUAGAAUGAAUCCGGCUUGUGUAUCUAAUGAAUGUCCAUUUGUGUCCGAGUGAAUGUGUGUGCGCGCGCGCGUGUGUGUAUGCUUUGAAAGCGGCUUCGGACUAGCGAAAUCAAUAAUGAAUAGCCACAAUUACUAUAGUAAUCCAUGAUAUGAAACGAAUCGAGUAAUAGUGAUCCAAGUGUAUCGUAAGUCAAACCUGCUAGAUAUAUAACUAUCAAUCAUUUACGCGGAGAGGAGAUGAAGGAAACAAAAGAAAACAAACGAACGAAAGCUACGACUAGCAGCACCAAGGGUCGUUGUAUUGUAAGGAAAUGUUAUUUUAAACCCACACACACAGAAGAUUCGUAACAUUCUCGGUGGCUACCUUUGAGAAAAUUGUGAAUUGAUCAAAGCAAGAGGAACAAAACCAAGGCAGCAGCAAGGCCGGCAAAUUCCUACUACCAAAGAUGAAAGUAAAACUGGAACACAAACACACUAAACAUCACUACAGCCUGGGCCAUUUGAUUAUGCCAGUAAAGGUUUGACUACACUGCAGGACAGGGAACGCUGCGGCGAACGAAGAACAUGGCAACUGCAGCGCAGCCAUAACACGUGCUGGAUGGCUUCAGCCAUUGAAAUGAUUAGUAGCAAUAUAAUUAGCAUCAGCGAUUGGUAGCCGACCAUGCGUAGAGAAUGAUGCAGCGGGAACUUUUUAUUUUAUUUAAUUUUAUUUUACUGAUCAUGUUUUAUGUUUAUUCCAUACCGAAGGAACGAUUGUUUUGUAUAUUUUGUUCGUUGCGUUUAUUAUGUCUGUGCUGGGAGGGAAAGGAACAGUUUGACUAGGCUUUAGGGAUAAAAAAGGGUUCUAUUUUAAUUUUAAAAGCUGUGUUUGCGUCAAGUUUGAUUUUAUCCAUUUUUCCAUGAGAUUUACGGCCGACGGUGUUAGACUUAAAGUUUUAAGCGAUUAUCAGCAGGGCAGCAAGUAAGCUGCACUAGCGUAAAUAUGGAAAUAAACUGAAUCAAUUCAAGAACAAUAA